UAACUCAUUGUUUGGCAGGCAUCUUAUCACUAGUUUUUCCAAAUGUAGAAUAUCCAAGGAAACCUAUUUUCAAAGUAAACUAGGCGGCAGAAACUAUUGCCAAAAUAUCAUGUCAAGAAGUGUGCAUAGGUGGACACAUCUGGUGGGAAGAUGGGAGGAGAGUGGUAAUGAGCUGCCACCACUAGUAGGGACGCCGCCACCACGGGUAGAGGUUGACACGGACCGGUACAAUCAUCGUUCGAUAGAGACGUUAGUGGUGGUGCUGGCAGUGAUAACUAUUGUUGCGGUCAUAGCCGGGAUCAUUGCUAGGGUGUGUGGUGGAAGACAUCUUGGAGGGAGUGGGGAGCAUGAUAUUGAAGGCUGGGUGGAAAGGAAGUGUAGGAGUUGUAUUGAUGGCGGCCUUCCACCACCACCACCACCACCGCCACCUGCACCGCCUGCAACAGCAGCAGCUGAAGAGUCUAAGCCAGCAGCCAGUGAGGAAGAAAACAAGUGACGGGAUAUAUAAUAAGCCAAGUACAAACAAAUCAAGUAAUUCUCAUCAUCUAAGUUUUAAUUUUAUUUUUGGGAAUUUCAGAGCAGGAAAUGUAGGGUUUAUCAAUGUAGAGAGAGAUUUUGGAGAUUAUUAAAAGAAUUAUUCAAGUUAGUUAGGAAAAGCUGAACAAUUUUUCUGUGGAAUACAACUACUGAAUCAUGUUAAUUGAAUACAGGUGAUUAAUUUGUCCUCAGAAUAAGUAUUUAACCUUAUUGUUAAUA